AUGGUGCACUUGCCCUUACCUAGAGGAAUCAGCCAGCUUGGCCACAAGAAACAGGACCAAGGUGCCGCCUCCAAUGGCGACAGCAGUCGAAGACCUAGUCCACCCAACAAUAGCAGUAAUAUCAGCAUAAACACACAGGUCGACCAGAAACCGCUGAUUCUCAAGCUCUAUGUCAUCAAGGUACUGGAUCUGCCGUCGGUCGACAUGGCACAAAUUCCUAACAGCUUCGCAGGCACGAAACCUGGCUGCAAAAGACAGUAUCUCAUUGUAACUCUUGGAAAUUCUAAGCAGUCGACCCCCUCGAUCCCCAAGACUCUCAACCCGGAAUGGAAGAUAUGCUUUGAUAUGCCUCUCACUGGAGUCCCCCUUCUUGAAUGCAUCUGCUGGGACAAGGAUCGAUUUGGCAAAGACUAUAUGGGAGAAUUCGACCUUCCAAUUGAAGAUAUCUUUGCCAAUGGCCAAGUACAGCAAGAGCCGAAAUGGUACAAACUCAAGUCUAGAAGGGCUACGAAGAAAGACACUGCGGUGUCGGGAGAGGUGCUAAUGCAAUUCUCCAUUGUUGACUCAGCGAAUCCUUCGGCCAGUCCCGAGGAAAUACGCAAGAAGUUCCAGGCGUACAUCGGAGCUGAAGACGAGGACGACGACCUCUCGCGCGUGUCCACGAACGUAGAUAACGAGGUGGCUGACGAGGAGGUGGACGACUUUGACGAGGACCUCGAAUCGGUCACUGAGAAUGAAUCCCCACAGAAGCCUGGUAUAGCAGACAAGAAAGCGAAGAAAAGAAGACUGGCUCGUCUUCGCCGCAAGUCCAUUGCUGCAAGAGCAUACAAUCUUCUUGGAGUUGACAAUGACGUGAAUGGCGUCGUCUUUUUGGAGGUGGUCAAAGUCACUGAUCUCCCUCCUGAACGGAAUAUGACUCGAACCUCUUUUGAUAUGGAUCCUUUCGUGGUUAUAGCUCUGGGCCGAAAAGUCUUCAGGACAAGGGUUAUUCGGCACAACCUUAACCCAGUCUUCAACGAGAAAAUGGUUUUCCAAAUCAUGCGGCAAGAGACUGGCUACUCCUUGACCUUCACUGUCAUCGACCGAGACAAAUUAUCCGGGAAUGACUUUGUGGCGUCCACCACAUUACCCAUCCAGAAAAUCCUUGACUCUGGUCCGGAAGCCGAUCCAGAGACCGGUCUUUAUGUUCUCCCCGAACCGCCCGAAUAUUCACCUGCAAUGGCACAAAAAGAGGGCAAAUCAAGGUUCCGCAUUCCACUCUCUCGCACCUCUUCCGCAAGCAGUUUAUCGAAGUUGGCACGUCCCGGCUACAAGAGGGAUGACUCCCAGUCAUCCCUGUCGAGCACAAGCAUAGCCGAAGGAGCUCGUACACCAGUGCCCACAAGUAUACCGUCGGACAACGGCGGGAGCACACUGAAAUUGCCGGGAGGUGCCGAAACUCCCGUUGCUCAACCAGCCGACGAUCCCACCACGGCCUCGUACGUUAUACCGCUCGAGCUGAAGAACAAAGAAAGAUGGGAAACCAAGCAUAACCCAGAGCUGCACAUUCGAGGACGAUUCCUGCCUUACAAGGCGCUCAGACAGCAAUUUUGGAGAGCGAUGCUGAAACAAUAUGACACAGAUGAGAGCAAAAGAAUCAGCAAGAUAGAGUUCAUGGCGAUGCUCGACACGCUGGGUUCAACUCUGAAGGAAUCAACCAUCGACAAGUUCUUUGAUAGAUUUGCGUCCGAGAAUGAAGACGCUGGUGAGGCUGAUUUGUCAUUUGACCAAGCCAUCAUCUGCCUCGAAGAGCAACUACAAAGAGUCAGCACUAAAAAGUCCGUAUCGGACAAAAUCAAGGAUGGCUUGGGCUCGAUGGGCCACACGCCGCAGGUGACCUCGACGAACACCGAUGCCGGCCCUGGUGUGUCUGGCGUAUCUACUAUUGAACAAGGGCAAACCGGCGCUGCCGGUGAAGAGGGAAAACUACUGCCAGACGACCUCUUAGAUGAAGGAGACGAAGAAGAACAUGUCAUCGAAAUCCGAGAAUGUCCCAUCUGCCAUCAGCCUGACUUGAAUCGACGGACAGAAGCAGACAUAAUCACCCACCUUGCCACCUGCGCCAGCUCGGAUUGGCGACAGGUCAAUAACUUGGUAAUGGGGGGAUUCGUCACUACCAGUCAGGCCCAACGCAAGUGGUACUCCAAAGUCAUUACCAAAAUCGGCUAUGGUGGAUACAAGCUGGGCGCUAAUAGCGCGAAUAUCCUCGUGCAGGACCGCAUUACAGGCCAGAUAAAUGAGGAGCGUAUGUCUGUCUAUGUUCGCAUCGGCAUCCGAUUGCUCUACAAGGCGUUGGGGUCUCGAGAAAUGGAAAAGAAACGGAUUAAAAAAUUGCUCCGAUCGCUAUCCAUCAAGCAGGGCAAGAAGUAUGAGGAUCCUGCAUCGGUGGCUCAGAUCGAGCCUUUCGUUGCAUUUCAUCGACUUGACAUGUCCGAGGUCCUUUUGCCGAUGGAUCAGUUCAAGAACUUCAAUGAGUUCUUCUAUCGAGCUUUGAAGCCGGAAGCCAGGCCUUGCAGCGCCCCAGACAGACAAGAUAUCAUCGUGUCCCCUGCAGACUGUCGGACCGUGGUUUUCAAUUCAAUCGGCGAUGCCACUAGGAUAUGGGUCAAAGGCAGAGAUUACAGCCUCGAAAAGCUAUUUGGCGACGCGUAUCCCUUAGAGGCCAAACGCUACAAAGGCGGCAGCAUGGGCAUCUUUCGUCUAGCUCCCCAAGACUAUCACCGUUUUCAUAUCCCGGUUGAUGGUACCUUGGGCACGCCAAAAGCCAUCGAAGGAGAAUAUUAUACUGUCAACCCAAUGGCCAUUAGGUCGGCACUGGAUGUGUACGGAGAGAAUGUUCGAGUUCUGGUCCCCAUCGAUUCGGUUGCUCAUGGUAGGGUCAUGUUUGUCUGCAUCGGAGCAAUGAUGGUUGGCUCCACUAUCAUCACACGAAAGCCAGGGGAGCGAGUCAAGCGAGCGGAAGAACUGGGCUAUUUCAAAUUCGGCGGCAGCACUGUACUCUUGUUCUUCGAACCCGGCAAGAUGGUCUAUGACGAUGAUUUGGUGGAGAACAGCAAUGGAGCUCUAGAGACAUUGGUCCGCGUUGGCAUGUCUAUUGGUCACACGCCACAUGUCGAGCCACACAAGCCAGACAUGAAGAAAGCCGAAAGCGCCAUCACCCAUGAGGACAGGCAGGAAGCCAGGCGACGGAUUGAGGGGAGCAUCGCCCCCGAAAGUGACAGCAGAACGAGUUGGAUGCCUGGUAAAACAGGCGGUCUCAGCUCUCUCAACCCGGCGAAUAUUCAUUGA